AUGAGUUUAGUUCUAUUCUCAGUGUCUGUGUCUACUCUAUCUCACAACCAUUUGAAAUUGCAUUCGAUUCCAUUUUGGUGCUUUAGUUAUUACACACUUUCGAUAGCGAAUAUAAACAAAUGCAAUAUUUGAAAUUGAUUUCGGAGUGAAUCACACAAUUAUACACACACACACGGAGAAAGUGAGGUAGAACAAGCGCAAAGUAAAAUGUGGAAUCAAUAUUUUGCCACCCAUUAUUUGGUGAUAGUUUUAAUCAGUGUUAUCGACAGUUGUUAUUCAUAUCGUUAUGUUAAUCCACAUGCGUGCAGAUAUACACCGACAACGGUGAGUGGUACCAAAGCGCCAACCGGACGUAUUUGUAAAGGCCAACUUAUUUUGGACGAAAAAUUUCUUGAAUUCGAUCGUGAUCUUUGGAAACAUGAAUUGACACUUGGUGGUGGUGGCAAUUGGGAAUUUCAAUGGUAUGUAGACGAUGCGAAAAAUUCAUAUGUAAAAGAUGGACAAUUAGUAUUAUGCCCAACACUGACGUCAAACGAAAUUGGCGAAGAUGCAUUGGAAAGUGCCCUUGUCAAAAUCACUCCUUGCACCAAUGAUCAAUGGUUUGGCUGUGAGCGUCAAGGAACAAAGACUCACAUUAUCAAUCCCAUUCGUAGCGCGCGUCUAAAUACGGCCAAUUCAUUUUCAUUCAAAUAUGGACGAAUUGAGGUUAUCGCAAAAUUACCAACGGGAGAUUGGUUAUGGCCAGCUAUUUGGCUUCUGCCAACUGAACGUAUUUAUGGUGAUUGGCCACGAUCUGGCGAAAUAGAUUUAAUUGAAUCGCGCGGCAAUCGCGAAUAUCGAAAUAAUGAUGGAAAACAUAUUGGUGUUGAACACUUUGGAUCGACACUACAUUUUGGACCGAGAUGGGAUCAGAAUGCAUAUUGGUCAUCGUCAUUUUCAACUCAUUCAACAGCUGGCGAUGGAUUUAACAACGGUUUUCAUCGUUUUCUGAUGGAAUGGACACCCGAAUGCAUUACAUUCUGUGUCGAUGGUCGUUUGAUUGGACGUAUUCCGGCCGGCGAUGGUAUGUGGGCUCGUGGUAAAUUUGAUGGCGAAAGUAUUUGGGCCAAUGCUACAAAAAUGGCACCAUUCGAUCAAGAAUUUCACAUAAUUUUGAAUUUGGCUGUUGGCGGCACAAACGGAUAUUUCCCGGAUGAGGGAAAUGCAAGCAAAAAACCAUGGAUAAAUUCGUCACCGCAAGCGGCUACCGAUUUUUGGCGAGGUCGAAAUCAGUGGUUGCCCGGAUGGAAUCUCGAUAAAAAUAAUGCAAGCGACGCAUCGCUAAUUGUUGAUUCGAUUCGUGUGUGGGCAAUUUAAGACACACAUUUUUUUUAUUCUCAUUUAAUUUAAGAAUAUAUUAUCGAAAAUGUGAAUAUAACUAUGAAGAUCAAGUGCAAAGUCAAA